AAAUCAAAACACCGAAACCAUUAAUCCAAAAGUCUCUCAUUUUCUCUCUCUUCCCCAAUUCUUUAUCUCACUUCCAACUUUCAAUUCACUCAAAUUUCACUUUACAUCUUCACACAUUUUGCUUUCGCGCUCCCAAAGGUUGCACUCUAUCUAUUUCCUCCUUCAUCAUCUCGGUAUGUAUUGGUGUUUGCAUUGAUAACUAAGGUUUGUUUUUAUUAGUUCAAAUUGUACAUCGCUUAAUUUAUUUUGUUUUUGAUUCAUAUGAAAUAUUGGACAUAGUUUGUUGUAUUCUAUGGUAUCUGUGAUGGAAAACGACUUUGAAUUGGAAAGAAACGUUAUUUCGUCUUCUGAAGUUUCUAAAGUUUCGAAUAAUGGGCAUACUGCUAAAGAUGAGAGGGUAGACGAUUUAGGUAUAAAAGGGAAAAUUAGGGUUUCUUCUAGGGAAGAUUUAGAUGUUGGGAAAAUUGAAUUUGAUGAAACUAGGGUUUUUCGGGGGAUGAAAAUGGAGAUGAAUGAAGCUAGGGUUUUGGGUGGGGGUUCUGAUUACAUUCAGGAAAUUGGGAAUUUCGGGAAUGUUAAGGGUGAGGAGGCAAUUAGGGUUUUGUUGGAAAAUGAUGAGGGAAAAAAUGAGGUGAAGGUUAAAGAAGAUGAGGCCGUUAGGAACAAUAUGGGGUAUGGUGGUCAAGGGGAUGGAGAUACUAGUGAUGCUAGAAUGAGGUGGAAGGGUGUUUGGGAAGAGGAGAAUAAGAUGGAUGUGAAUGAUGUGGAUGAUGAAAUGAGAGUUGGAACUUUGAAGAUUAUAGAUGACAGGUUUGAAAUUGGUGACAUGGUAUGGGGUAAGGUGAAAUCGCAUCCAUGGUGGCCGGGGCAUCUGUUUGAUGAAGCUUUGGCUAACUCUUCAGUUCGAAGAACGAGGAGGCAUGGGCAUAUGUUGGUUGCGUUUUUCGGUGAUAGCAGUUAUGGGUGGUUUGAUCCCACAGAACUUGUUCCAUAUGACCCACACUAUGCUGAGAAAGCACAGCAGACUACUUCAAAGAAUUUUGUUAGGGCUGUAGAGGACUCUAUAGAUGAGGUAAGUCGGAGGAGUGCUCUUGGUUUAAGUUGUUACUGCCGGAAUCCAUCCAACUUCCGCCCUGCAAAUGUGUAUGGUUAUGUUGCUGUUGAUGUUGUGGAUUACGAACCUGGUGCUAUUUAUUCAGUGAGCCAAAUUCAGAAGGCAAGAGAUAGCUUCCAGCCUAAGGACACCCUUUCAUUCAUACAGCAGUUGGCCGUGGCUCCAAUGAAUGGCGAAAUUAAGAACCUUGAUUUUAUUAAAUACAAAGCUAUCACCCUUGCUUAUCGCAGAUCCAAAUUCGAAGAGUUUGAUGAGACGUAUGCUCAAGCUUUUACUUCCCAUUCACCUGGAUUACCUGAAAAAGGACCUUCUCGAGCUCCUUUAAGUGGCCCGUUAGUCAUGGCGGAUACUCUUGGUCGAAAGAGCACUAAAGUUACAAAAACCAAGGAGCAGUCUAAAAAGGAUAGAUACCUUUUUAAGCGCAGAGAUGAACUAGGUGACUUGAAGACAACGACAAUCACUCCAAGUCAUGCAAGCUCCUCUUCAUCUUCUGCAUUGGAGGAUAGAACAUCUGAUACAGCUACAGCUGCCUAUGUGUUCCAGAAAAGAGGUUCAGAUGUCCUCAAUGAUGGGCUGGGUGAAACGUCUACAAUGGAUCAGGUGGCAAAUUCUGCUCGUGCUGGAACAACAAAAAACGCACCAACUGCAGGUCUUGAUGUGAUGGUGCCUUCUGGAUCACAAGAAUUGGCGUCUAGUGUUGUCACAGACAAUGUGCACGAGAAGAUUCCAGAGAAAGAAAUUGGCAGCCGUACGAAAAUUGACUCUGGCCAUCUUAGCGUAAAAGAUAGCUUGAUGAAGAAGAAAAAGAAGGCUGCUAAACGCCCUAUAGGAGAACAGGGCUAUGAGAAAUCUGUCCGUUCAGAGAAGAAGCUGAAGAAAAUAAAGAAGAAAGAUGGUCAAAGGAGCAUAGAGCUUGGGGAGAGAGAUUCUGUUGUGUCUGGUGGGGUGGUUAAACCUGCAGGAAUGCCUACUGAGUUUCCUGUUUCGUUUAGAGUGGAGUCUCGAGUAAGCCAGUGGAAAAAGGAGUAUGAAGCAACCAACUCUUGUCCACCAGUGGGGUUGCCAUCAUUGGACAGCGAGUCUGAUUUGUCACAGAUAUUGGCUGAUUUGCGAGGUCUUGCUCAGAAUCCUGUCCAUGGUAUAGAAAGGAAUAGACCUGCAAUUGUACGGCAGUAUUUCCUGAAAUUUCGGUCCCUCGUUUAUCUGAAGAGCUCCAGUGUUCCAACCCCUAUCGAAUCUGUACCUAAUGAGGCUCAUGCCAUCAAAUCUUCUGAACCUGUGGACAAAACUAUGGAGAGCAGUAAAGGUGUAUCUUCUUUAAAACUGCAGAGGCUCUCAGCUAAACAAGAGGAUCCUGCAAAAGCGCAGAAGAGGAUCCCUUCAGAGCGUCAGGAGGAAAAAGCUGCAAAAAGGGCCAAGAAAAUAAGUGAAGUAAAAUCUUUGAGUGCUGAAAAGAAGGGCCUACUGAAAAACCCAGAAGUUCAACAGCAGGCGGUGGCAAAAGUCAAGGUGGCUGGGGCACCUAGCUCUCAUCCAAAACCUAUGAAGACAGAGCAGGGUGAGAAGAAAAUGGAUCGUCCACCUAGGGUCGAGGAGCCCACGCUUCUGAUUAUGAAGUACAGCAAAGGUGCCUCUCUCCCUUCCAUGACAGAGCUGAAGGCAAGAUUUGCUCGAUUCGGCCAAAUUGACUUAAAGCAAUGUCGGGUCUUCUACUCAACAAACACCUGCAGAGUUGCAUUCCUUUAUAAACAAGAUGCAAAUGUUGCUUAUCGCUAUGCCAUGGGAAGCAAAUCUGUAUUUUCAAAUGUGAAGUUUCUGUUGAAGCCGUUGGAAUCUCAACAGGCCAACAGCAGCAAAGUAGAAGACGCCCCAAGUGAAUCUUCAGUAAAUCCGAUUUACUCAGCAGCAGAAUCAAGACCUAUGGCCCCAACUCCAAUGCCACAGCAGUCUGUGCCACAGUUGAAGUCCUGCUUGAAGAAGCCCUCUGGAGGUGAUGAUAUUGGAGGCACUGCAAGAGCAGCCCGGGUCAGAUUUAAUUUGGUUGACGUUAAAGAUAGUAAUGAUAUUAGAGGAGGUCUUCAAGGCCAAAAGUUGGAGUCUAGGAAUUCAAUGUUGUCGUCUUAUGAAGGUCCAUCAUCUUCCCCGUCUUCAUCUGUUGCUAUGCAUAUUAGUUACAAUCAAAGGUUAAAUGUUUCUUCACAUCCAUUGCAACCCCCUCUCCUUCCCCUCUUGCCCCAGUUUAUUAGUGCUCAUGUUAAUCCCAUGGUAAUUACUCCACUACCGUUGCCAGAAAAUCAAGCCCCGCCACAGCCUACCCGAGACAUCUCACAUCAUAUGAUGACCCUUUUGACAAGGUGCCACGAUGUGGUAACCAAUAUUAAGAAGGCAUUAGGGUAUAUGCCCUACCAUGCUCUUUGAGGGAAUGACAAUGGUGAACACACGCUCUGAGAAAUAAAUCGGACAAACCCAAUUAUCAAGUCGCCUGAACAAUGAAGUCUCGGCUAGUGUUUUCAUGCCCAAAUGAGUGCAAUGAUGCGGCCCAGUAAAACCUAGUUUAUACAAGAGAAAAGGAGUUGAAAAUGGUACAAAUCAUUGUACAAAAAUGUUGGUUCGGUGAUUAGGAGAGGGAGGGCGGAAGGGUUAGGCGGUCAUCAAAGGGCAAUUGUGCUUAGUUAAAUUGUAUUUGGAGGGCUUUAUAGUUUAUGUAGCUCUUAAAACGGGAACCUAUAACGUGCA